CCAUAAGCUGAUAAGCAAAUAGCGGAGUGGAUAAAAUAUAUAUACAGUGGGGAGACAUAACGCUGUACUAUGACAGUAAAAUAUCUGACUCUUGCUACUUAGCUAUUGGCAGGGUAGGGUUCCUUUGCUUUAUCCUCACUUGAUAUUCAUUUCUUUCUUCUCCUUCUUCUUCUUUUCCUCCGCUGUUUUGGUGGUUCUGAUCUUGUCUUUGGCUUCUUCAGAUCAGGAAAAAUGCAAGGGGCGGUGAAUGCAUUUUUGUCUCGUGGAAAUUUCAUCAAAAAUGCAGUUCUGCAACAUGUUCGUGUUGCUAAUCCGGUACUGAGGCCUAUUUUGUUUUCGCGCUCUGAGUCUGUUUCAUCUGCCCGUAUGGAGGAGCAAAGCUUUGAAAGCACUACCAUUUCAGACAUAUUGAAAGCAAAAGGAAAAGGUGCUGAUGGUUCUUGGCUUUGGUGCACUACUGAUGAUACUGUUUAUGAUGCUGUCAAGUCGAUGACACAUCACAAUGUUGGAGCCUUGGUGGUCGUGAAACCUGGAGAGCAGAAAUCACUUGCAGGAAUUAUCACAGAGAGAGGAGCCUUGGUGGUCGUGAAACCUGGAGAGCAGAAAUCACUUGCAGGAAUUAUCACAGAGAGAGAUUACCUGAGGAAAAUCAUUGUACAAGGAAGAUCAUCCAAGUCAACUAAGGUUGGGGACAUCAUGACUGAAGAGAACAAGCUCAUUACAGUCACUCCCAACACAAAAGUUCUGCAAGCAAUGCAAUUGAUGACAGAUAACCGCAUCAGGCACAUUCCUGUGAUCAAUGACAAGGAAAUGAUUGGCAUGGUGUCCAUUGGAGAUGUUGUCCGUGCUGUGGUGGCUGAACACCGGGAGGAGCUGGAACGCCUGAAUGCUUACAUACAAGGAGGUUAUUAGAUGAUGAUGACAAACUCAUAAAGUGCUUCAGAUAUGCUGCUUGGCUCUCCAGAGUCCAGUAAGCCAAGAGCUUGUAAAUAUGGCAUGUUGUGUUUCCUCCGUUGUUAUGUGGUUUUACCCAUUUCCCUAUCAGGAUAUCUGAUGUCAAGUGACAGUAUAUGGACUGAUCAAGUUAAUAAUUAGUAGGCAUGUUGUUUGAGACAUGGAUGCUUGUGAACUUCUAAUAUCAAAAUCCUUCAAAAAAUUUUAAUUUGGAUGUCUUAAA